AUGUCAUUUACGCAAGAGUCUGAGGGACCUUUGGCGACAACGUAUUCGUCGAUCGCUCCGCAGCUGAACACCGACGAAGAGGCACAAAUAUAUGUGGGUAAAAGCUGGCCUGAAAAACACCGGAUUUUUUUGAUCGAAACAGCACUUUUCACCAAUGUCUUCCUAUCGGGCUUCGAUAGCACUAUCACAGCGUCCAUCUACCAGCUUAUCGGGGACGAAUUCGAAGAUGUCAAAAUUGCCAGCUGGAUUACCACUGCUUACUUGGUGACGUGCACUUCCUUCCAGCCCUUGUACGGAUCCUUUUCGGACACUCUGGGCAGACGCAAAUGCAUGUUUUUCGCCAAUAGCAUUUUUGCAUUGGGUUGUUUGGGUUGCGGGUUGUCGACCGACAUCUUCACUCUGAUUUUGAUGCGUGCAGUAACAGGUAUAGGCGGCGGAGGGCUGAUCACGCUUUCGACUAUCGUCAAUUCAGACAUCAUCAGCCCUGAAAAGCGCGGAAUUUAUCAGUCGUUCCAAAAUAUUCUCGUCGGCACCGGUGCGGUUAUCGGGGCAUCCAGCGGUGGAAGUAUCGCAGCGAUCUUUGGCUGGAAAUGGUGUUUUCUCGUUCAGGUUCCCAUCUCAAUAGCCGGAACUGUAUUCGCCUAUUUAUUCGUCCAGGACCAACCAAACCAUACCCAUGUGGCAGGAAUCGAGAGGUGGAAAAAAAUAGAUUUCAGCGGCGCCUUUCUCUUAAUUAUCGGACUAACAGCCCAGUUGAUCUUUUUAACAGAUGCCAGUUCCUCGGCUGGCAAGGGUCUGGAAGUCUUAGACUGGAAAUCGCUUGCGUUCUUGUUCCUGAGUAUCGCCUCCCUAGUACUAUUUGCUUACGUCGAAAAAACUACGUCCGCCCACCCAAUUAUUCCGCACCAUCUUUUAGGCGGGUCAACGAACAGCAUUUUGAUCAUUGGCUUCUUCGUCGGUUUUGUAGCUUAUGCCUAUCUUUUCACCCUCCCACUAUAUUUUCAAGUGGUAGCUGGAGAUACUGCCGCUCAAGCUGGUCUUCGCCUAGCCAUCCCCGCCUUUUGUACUCCGAUUGGGGGUCUCAUAAUGGGAAUUUCGAUGAAACAGACAAGGCGUCUGCCUGCUUUACUAAUUGGAGGAAUUGCGCUCAUGUUUUUUGGUAAUGUGUGCUUUCUUUUCAUCAACAAAUCAACUCCGGGCUGGUUAAAGUUUCUGCUGCUGAUUCCCGCCAACAUUGGACAAGGUAUAACGUUUCCUUCAACCCUAUUCUCCUUCCUCUUCGCGUUUUCGGUUAGAAAACAGGCCACGGCCACCGCAGCUCUGUACCUCUUUAGAAGUAUUGGCUGUGUUUGGGGUGUUGCAGGUAGUUCGAGUCUUGUACAGACCCUUGUGAGCAGAGGUUUAAAAAAAGGUUUGAAGGACUUGGCUUCAGAAGAAGAAAUCAGUCGCUUGCUUAUCAAAUUGAGCCAAAAUACGUCUAUUAUUCGCAAGCUGAGGCCAGAAAUCAGGGACGUUGUGAUAGCGAGUUAUAAAACAGGUAUUCGCGGCGUAUUCUUGUUGUCCAUUGCACUCAGUUUGAUUGCUCUUGUUCUGUCGGUUCGGGCUAAACAAAAUAUUACGGAACAGAAGGCCGAAAAUAUAGCUGCCAUUGAGCGUCGCAUAAGUUUCUGA